AUGAGCCCUGAAGGAUGGCAGUUCACAGGCGAGCUCGGUUCCGCUGAAAAGGAUCCCAUAUACGGUUUCCAGUACCUGAAGGAAUUAUAUCUCAAGUCAGACCCGGACUACCAGGCACGAUACACGGUGCCGAUGCUGUGGGACAAGCAGAAGGAAACAAUUGUGAACAAUGAGAGUAGCGAGAUUAUUCGGAUGCUGUAUACUGAGUUUGACGACCUGCUGCCGGAGCAGCUGCGAGAGGCGAAUAGGCCCGGUGGAGGAUUGUAUCCGGAACGUUUGAGGAAGGAGAUUGAUGAUAUGAAUGAUUGGGUUUAUAAUUCUGUGAACAACGGGGUGUAUAAGACAGGGUUUGCGACCACCCAGGAAGCGUAUGACGAGAACAUCUACCCUCUGUUCGCAUCGCUGGAUCGACUGGAAAAGCAUCUGAGUGAGCGGGGACAUGGACCGUACCUGUUCGGGGAGCAUAUCACCGAGGCAGACAUUCGGUUGUAUCCAACGAUUGUACGGUUCGAUGUCGCAUACUACCAUACCUUCCGGUGCAACUUGAAAAUGAUUCGUCACGACUAUCCGCACAUCGAUAGAUGGCUCAGACGAUUGUAUUGGGACGAGUCAGAGAAGACAAACGGAGGAGCUUUCAAAAAGACAACUAAUUUUGACGCCGUCCCAUUCUCCAUUGUGCCUGCUGGCCCGGCACCACACAUCCUCCCGCCCAUCACAGAUGCGUAG